AGGGCAGGGCUGCGGGGUCCCUGAAAAGCGCAGACCAGGCGGGCGCCACCCAGUCCAGAGCCUACAACUUCCUUUCUUCUAGGUGCAGCCACUUGUGCAGGACCGAGCUACGCCAUGCCGAAGUGCCCCAAGUGCGACAAGGAGGUGUAUUUCGCCGAGCGAGUGACGUCACUAGGCAAGGACUGGCAUCGUCCCUGCCUGAAGUGUGAGAAAUGUGGAAAGACACUGACCUCUGGGGGUCAUGCCGAGCAUGAAGGCAAGCCUUACUGCAACCAUCCCUGCUACGCAGCCACGUUUGGGCCCAAAGGCUUUGGGCGAGGUGGAGCUGAGAGCCACACUUUCAAGUAGAUCCAGGUUGUGGAAACUCUCCCUAUCUGCCCGGCGCAUGCCCGGCCUUACCCUAGACAGCAGGGCGCUCAGUAGCACUUCGGGCCGUUAAUAAACCCGAUCUUUGGAA